GAAACUGGGUUGUUUUGUUGUUCCUGGUGCUCACCACCACCACCAUCACCUCCCUCCUCCUCCAGCCACUGGUUUUCUCGAUCUCAAUUCAACGCGCGCCGCCUUUCCUCCUCUCGACAAGGAGUCUCUGCCCUAUCUCCCACCCUUCCAGUGUCACGUCAGACAAGAACAUCUUGAUGCUCGGGGAUCUCCUCGAACUCACCACCACCCUCGUGCAUCCCGAGCACGAGCCAGCCCUCUCCAGCCUCGCCGGACGCAGCGCACCCAGCGCGGCCAUGGCUCCUCCACGAAGCCGCCAUGCGAAAUCCUCGAGCGUCGCCUCCACCAGCAGCGCAGCCGACGCGGCCAACGGCAUUGCAACAACCCCAAGCUCCAAAUCCGACCCUGCAUCCACCAUGACCGCGGGGCGCAAGCGGCGUCCGUCGCGCUCGACCCUGUCACCUACCGGCUCGCCUGUCGUGGUCAUCCCAAAAGCCUCCCCGAGAAUGGAACUGCAGAGCAGCGCAAAGACCAAUCUCGCACAGACGAAAGAAUUGGAGCCAUUGAAAUUCGCAGCCACUGUGGUGUUGAGCACGGUGUUGGAGUCAGGGUUACAGAGUGCGGCGUCAAUGAUCGGAGUGGGUGACCUUGCGGGAGUCUCGAGGCGGCCCGAUACAUGGGCUGAGAUAUUGGGGCUCUUGGGCUGGAAAAUAGCCAAGUUGGGCGUAUAUUGGGUGGGCGAUUUUGACGCAUACGACGUCGCCUCCCUGUCCCUCCUGCUCAACACUCCGACCGCCAUUCUUGUCGGCCUCUUUUACGAGAUCUCUCCCAUCACGCUGACGUCCACUACUCUUUCCUCGAUGAUUGGCAAUUCUCUCCCCUACUAUCUCCUCCGUCCUCUGGCUCCCUCACACUACCCGAACAGCGCGCCGAAAUCCAGUCUUCGAAACCGGCCCAUCCUAACCGACCCGUACACCACCAUUGCGACAUCCCUUCUCGCGACGGCCAUCUUUGCCGUCCUGCUUGAAGCGAGUUUCGCAACUUUCCUGCCCGCCUGGCUCGUUGUCUAUUUCACAGGUCUUCGGACGCUGGAACCCGCACACCUGGGUCCUGCUGGUCUGCCCACGCUCCUCCUGGCCUUGAUCCCGGCCGGCUGGGCAUGCAUGGAGUUCCUGUUUGCACCGUCGACGGCGGCAGCGGGAGUCUCUCCUUCGACGGGCACGGUCGCCAACCCGACCCCGGUGUUUGACCCCUCCACCGCAACUUUCUGGGAACACGCCUACCACAACGCGUGGGGAUGGUAUUCACCACGCCAGAAAAAAUUGAUUGGUCGAACCGCGUUGUUGACCGGAUUGUUGUUCGCAGAGACCGUGUUGACGCUUUGGGGCACCGUGGCGGGAGUCGAGGCCACCGGGGCGCUGGGCUAUGCUGGCGUCUGGGGUUUGGGAUGUGUGGUUACCGGGGCUGUGUUGGACUGGGUCGGAGGGCCAAGUGAUUGAUUUCCAGGGGGAGUUGGCUCUCGCUCCGUGGUCAGCGAGGCUGUGUGUGUGCCCUUUUUGGAGGCGUUGAUGACUACCAACCACAAGGUGGGCGUGGGCAUGGUAUGCAUUAUUGAUACCUAGGAACCGUGGGAUUUAGGAAUGGGGAUCACGCUAGAGAAUGUAAAUAAUUACGAGUAGGCACUGGGAUUGCCCUUUUUGCCCUUC